AAUUCAAGCAAGGUAUAGACAGAGAAGAGUAAAAAAGAUUUUAUGAGAAUCUGCAUCUGCUGACAUGACAAGCAGCCAGAGCAAUAGUAGGAAGGUGUGCCCUAUCUCUGCACUCACAGUGGGCAAGCUGAUCCUCUUUGCAACUUGUCCUUUGCUCUGACAUUCUACAGACAUCCUGCUCUUACAGGCAGCAGUCUUUUUUGAGGCUUGUAAUAGGAGUUAAAAGUAUCUCUCAGUCUCCUUCAUGAACUUUCUGGCCCUGUUCCUUUAUUAGCAGCACCUGGUCAUUCACACCCCUGCAAGAAACUGCCAUUUCCGUACUUUUUCUUAGUGCAAGGCGGAGUUUUCUAGUUUAAGGCUGGUCAAAGUAGGCGGGCAGUGUAGAGCAGUCAGUCUUACAGCUGGGAUGUACAUGAAGAGGACAGGAAGGGGCAGGCACAGGUUGUAGGUAGGAGCUAAGUACACGUGUCUAUGAGACCCCAGCAUGAAGACAGCGCCUGCACAUGAAUGCACUGUUGUUCGCGUGACUGCCUGGAGGCGUGUGUACCACAGCAGCGUACGUGUGUGAGGGCAGCUUUGCUUGAAUCGGGUCUGGUGGUGCUUCUCAAGGACUUGUUAAGGUCCUUUGCAAUCAUGGUGAAGUCUAGAAGAGUGCAGGUACUCCUGAUUCUGACAGUUCUGUCCUUCCUUCUUAUCCACUUCCUACCCUGCAGCAACAAUGCCCACAUGGAAGAAAAACCUUCUCCUGUCCACAUCCUCAUUCUUUCCUCAUGGCGGUCAGGAUCCUCCUUCACCGGACAAAUCUUCAGCCAGCACCCCAGUGUCUUCUACCUGAUGGAGCCUGCAUGGCACGUUUGGGUUAAGAUGUACCAGAACAGUGCCAAAGUCUUACACAUGGCAGUGCGGGACUUAGUCAGGUCGGUCUUUCUGUGUGACAUGUCUGUGUUUGAUGCUUACAUGUCUAGCCAGAAGAAAAAGUCUGAUUUAUUUCAGUGGGAGACAAGCCGAGCCUUGUGCUCUCCACCUGCCUGUGACUCAUUCAGUCGCAGUGACAUAAUCACUGCAGGCAAUUGCAAAACCAUCUGUGGCAAGUACCCAUUCAGCAAGGUGGAGGAAGCUUGUAAAACCUAUAGCCAUGUAGCCAUCAAGGAAGUUAGGUUCUUUGACCUGAAAGUUCUCUAUCCCCUUCUCACUGAUCCAUCCCUGAACCUCAAAAUCAUUCACUUGGUACGUGAUCCUCGGGCUGUGUUCAGGUCCCGAGAGAAUACAAUGGCAGACCUGAAACGCGACAGUAACAUUGUUGUGGGGUCUCAGAAGACAAAGGGAGAAAUGGGGCCCUACAACACAAUGCAGGUGAUCUGCAAAAGCCACGUUGAGAUAUACAAGGCAGGAAGUCAAGCCGCUCCAAGCUUCCUGAAAGACCGGUAUCUGCUGGUUCGCUAUGAAGACAUUGUCAGAGACCCGCUAGCAAGGGCUGCUCAGAUGUACAGGUUUGCGGAACUCCAUUUCACACCAGAGCUUCAGAAGUGGGUCCACAACAUCACCCAUGGAAAAGGUCAUGGAACACAGGCCUUUCAGAUUGGGUCGAGAGAUGCACUGACAGUAUCCCAGGCCUGGAGAAAGACACUUCCUUUCCAGAAAAUAGAAAAAGUGCAAAAUGUGUGCAAAGAUGCAAUGGAUUUGCUGGGCUACCGGCUUGUUCAGUCUGAAGAAGAGCAGAAAAAUAUGUCUCUGGAUCUCUUGUUUGCCCAGAACUCCUCUGAGGAUCAAAUUUUGAAGGCAGAAAAGCUGGUCUCUGCAUCCACUUUCUGAAGGCUGCAGAGUGCUGAACUAUUCACUAGAGCCAAAGAGGACAGAGGUGCAGGCACAGAAGUGUAGGAGCGUGCAUGGAUGCAAGAACAAGUGGUACAAGAACCCUGACACACUCAGGAGAACUCUCAGCAGCACAGGGUCACUCUCCAAGACCCCUGGAGAUACAGCCAUAACAGAGGCUAAAGUAAUGCAUGUUUGUUUUCCAAAUUAAUUAUGUUUAGGUUGGAGCACACAGAAUGCCAAAGGAGUAGGACCAGAUGGCAGAAGCUCAAACCCCCCACAGACCACAGCUGAAGACUAGGGAAACCACAUGGAGCAAUUCCACUGCCAAGGAAGAGGAAAUAUAAAAGGAAGCUGAAUAAAGAAAACAUUGCUUGACAUGCUGCCAUGCAGGAUAUGUAGUGCCAGAGAAGAUGCAAGGAUGACCAGACAUUUGGUUUCUGGAAAGAUGUUGGGCUUUGGUUUGAUUUUGUGUUGGGUUUUUUGUUUUGUGGGUUUUUGGGUUUUGGUAGUUUUUGUGGGUUUUUUUUAUUAAUGGUUGCAUUUUCAAGUCCAGUUUUCCUUUUGCUCCAUUUGUGUGCCUGAGUAUCCAGCCUUGGUGGCAAAAGUGGGGAAAUAUUUGUGUUUGCUUACUGUAUAAUGGGAAAAUGGAAUAAACCAGCUAUUGCUGAAAAUAAAACUCCUGGGUUUUCAUGUGGGAAACCAUUUCUGUGAUUAUGUGAAUCCAUUUAUUUUUUAGCUGAAAUAAUUCUGUCUUCUGGCUUUCAAACCCAAGAACAGUUGUUUUCCUGGGAAUUCCCACAGUCCACAUGGGUGGCAGAAGAAUUCAUGCUAAAGUUGAGAUCCUAAAGACAAGGUAAAGACAUAGAUUCCAUUGGCAUAAAUAACGAAACUGAGAAGACAGGUUAAUGGGAGUGGAAUGAAGAAACCAAGAGGAGAUCAGGAAGUUCUCCUAUUGAAAUAUUUGGUGACAGUAUUUCUAGUCUUGGAGCACAAAAAAAUAAACUUAAUGGACUAUGCCAUUCUCCACUGUCUCCAUUGAAGAUGCCAUUCUCCCACAUCCAAUGGGAAUAUAUAGUUCAAACCUGAACAACGGAAUUGUUUUCGCCUGGUUUUAAGUGUUCCAGAAGACAAGGAGAAAAACUUGCUACCAGAUUUGGGGAGGAGUGAAAUGCCUAAGAUACCUAUUUCUGAAUAUCCUUUUUCAUGUGCAAACUGCAGAGUCCCUUUAAUACAGAACACUCACUACCUUAGCAGUAUGGGUAUCUGUAUUCCUAGAGCUAAACCCCUAAUCCCUGAAAAGGGCGGGAUAUUGUAUUAUGGAAAUAAUGGUCUUAUUACUAGGGAUCGUGUUGAAGGACAAAAUCCAUGCUGAGCAGGCAGCACUGGCCUCGUGGUAAUAAGUUCACUGAAAGCAAGGUAUCCUCCUUUACACUGUGGUUAUGCAAAUGUAGGGCAGGCAAGCUGACAUAGAGAAGUGGGAGUUGCACUGAGCCACAGGAGCACAGAGCCACUGUUUUUCUUUAUAGUCUCUUUGAAACAGACCUUAACAUAUUCAGCUAAAAGCCCGUUCUUACUGCAGUUAUAGUAAAAAGCUUCCUUCUGUAAGUGCCAAGAAGCUGGAUUUUGAGCAAAAAUAGAUUCUUUCUGGUACAUUGCUACUUAUCUCUACAUUAACCAAUGUCGGCUUGAGCAGCUUAUGUUUUAUUAUGAAUACUUGUUUUCAGUGGAUGCAAUCAAUUCUGUGUAUCACUUGUUUACCUGAAUAAAAACCUCCACAGUGUUUCCAGUCAGUGAAAAAA